AUGUCACACAAAAAUCAAGAGAGCAAUGAAAAUGAUGAUGAAGAAGAAGCUACAAGUGAAGAUGGAGAAGAUGAAGGAGAAGCUGAGGAAAAGGGGGAAGAUGUAGGAGAUGAUGAAGAACACACUGAAGAAAAAGAAGAAGAAGAAGAUUAUAACAUUUUUAUUGAGAUUAUGGAAUGUAAAAGUGCAAGAGAUAUACGGGAUGAGCUGGACAGGAAAUAUGGAAAUACCCAAGAGAAAAAGACUGCCACUCGAAAAGCUCCAAGCUCAAAUGAUCAGGUAGUGGCCAUUCAUGAGCUAACAAAUUUAGCAGAUGAAGAGCUUGAUGUUACUAAACCUUCCGAGUUGUUCAUAAAACAUACUCGUUAUGACCUCUUCAACUCCACAACCCUUAAGCAAAUGGGGUAUGACAAGAGUGAUCAGGGUUGGUACCUAAAAGGAGGAAGACCUCAACGAGCACCAGUAGGUGUACCUCCUCCUCCUCCUCCAACUCAAGACCAAGGACCUUCUGCAGAAAUUCCCUUUUGGCCCAUGCCCUUUUAUCGUGAAUUCUCCACCUUCAAUAGGGAUAUGAGCUCAUCCCGAGGUGAUGAUCCUAUGUACACUAGUUCGCCCCCUCGAAGUGAUGAUGAAGAUACUGAGGAAAGUGAAGAAGAGGAAGGUGAUGAAGAUGCUGAAAAGGAUAAUGAUGAUGAUGCUAAUAACUGA